GCUUUAAUUUACUCAGUAACGAGUAAUUAUAGAAAACGCGCCACUCGAUGAGAAACGGAAUUAAGUAGUAAAGACUACACGACAUAAUUUAGUUAACGGACAACAUGGAUGCAUUAAAUGUGGAAAAAGUACGGCUACGCUCGAAUUUGUUUUAAAAUAAAACUCUUAAUCAGUUAAUUGGGUUUAGCAUGUUUGAAAAGUCUAUUUUUCCAUAAACGAGUAUAAACAGAAGGUGGAGACACUUUGGGGCAGUUUAUCAUGGCAUUGUCAGAAAGUGGGAUUUUCAGUGGUGAUAUUAACUGUACGGAUCCUGGAAAAGAAGAGGAGUCGAAAGACCAAGCGAAAACCCCCACUGCCAGGGUUUUAACUCUGGAGGAGCAGGAAAGACUGAACGGUGAGCGGGCUCUGGUGUCUGACUUUAAACAGAUGAAGCUGGAGAAAGAAGCGCAGAAAAACUGGGACUUGUUUUACAAAAGAAACACAACGAAUUUCUUCAAGGAUAGACACUGGACCACCAGGGAAUUUGAAGAGCUCAAGGCAUGCCGAGAGUUUGAGUCCCAGAAGUUGGUGCUGCUGGAGGCAGGCUGUGGUGUUGGAAACUGCAUCUUCCCUCUGCUCGAGGAUGACCUCAACAUCUUUGUUUAUGCCUGUGACUUCUCACCACGAGCUGUUGAAUUUGUCAGACAAAACCCUCUGUACUGCCCCGACCGCUGUUGUGCCUUCCAGUGUGAUUUAACUAAAGAUGACCUGAUGGAAAAUGUGCCGGAAAGCAGCGUGGAUGUCAUCACACUCAUCUUCGUCCUGUCUGCUGUCCAUCCUGACAAAAUGAAGCUGGUUUUGGAGAACAUUAGCAGGGUGCUGAAGCCUGGAGGAUUUGUCCUGUUCAGGGACUACGGACUUUAUGACCAUGCCAUGCUCCGAUUUAAAUCCGGAAAUAAGCUGGGAGAGAACUUCUAUGUACGCCAAGAUGGAACUAGGUCCUACUUUUUCUCUAAAGAGUUCCUGGCUGAGCUGUUUGAGAAGACGGGCUUCAAGUGCGUUGCUAAUGACUAUGUUCUUAGAGAGACUGUCAACAAGAAGGAGGGACUUUGUGUACCCAGAGUCUUCCUGCAGAGCAAAUUUAUGAAACCAGAGAGCUGAACUUUGCGUUUGUCGCCUCACAGAUCUACAGAGGUUUGGCAAAACAUACCACUGAGAUGUCAGAUAAAAACUGGACAGUAAAAGAUGAGGGAAAUAUUUGCCAAAACUUUACCAGAAUGGAAAUUGGGCCAUCACAGGUAACUUAGCAGUAUGUACACCUGCUAUCUGCUGACCAAACCACCUGAGGAAGGCUCCCAGAAAAGCUCUGCUGCCAACAUCUAAAGGGAUUCGAAUGGAUUUUUUUCAGGGGAAAGAAAAGGCGUUAAACAUGGUUGUUAAAGCGUGAACAGUUUGAAGUCACAUUUUUUUGUAAAAACUUUCACAGUUUGUGAUACAGUUCUGAGAAACACUUUAAAUAUAAACCAGUAUUUUGAUUGCUAAUAGAAUUAUGACUUUCUUGCUCUUCAUUCCCCUAAUAUUGAGUUCAAGUCAUCAUUUAAAAAUGUAUUUUUUUAAUAAAUGUAUUUUAAUAUUUCCCACAUAUACUGUGAGAGGACAUGGUAAUCUGUGUUUUAUAAUUUCCCACUUUUAAACAAUUGUUGAGGAUGAAAAAGCAAAGUCUCUCAUUCUGUUUAUGGUUCACAUUUUACGGGCCACGAAUCCCUGUGGUGGAUACACGGAUAUCCUGACUUUUAAGAAUAAACAUACUAAAUCUUGACCCUUUUUAAAAAAAAAACCUAUCUUAAUAUCCUUCAGACGAUUAAAUGAAAAUGUCUUCCCUGUGUUCAUUCAUGUUCAUUGUAUAGAAACAGAGAAGAAACCUUUAAGGCUACUAGGAUGCCAAACUAAGACAUCCGCAUUGUCCAAAACAUAAAUACAACCUAGAUAAUUAAAUUAUCUAUUAAUUAUAAAUUAUUAUUCUGUAAUGUUUUUUCCACUUGUAGAUUAAGACAUUUCAGUCUAUAUGAAAAAUUAAAUGAGCAAGUGUGCGAACAACCUUUGAAUCUAAAUAUUUAUUGUGAAGACGUUUUAUUUCCUCCUUUAAUUUCUGAGUGGCUGUCAAUUCAAAGACUAAAAGUAACACGGGCCACUAAAAAUGCAUAAAUUAAAAAUCUAUUUAAUGGAGGAAACACAAUAAAGAAAAAUCCAUGACAGAAAAAUUUUAUUUUAUUUUGUGCUCCUUGUACUCAUUUGGAGGACUCCAUAUUAAACAAUUUAGUUGUUAAAAAUGAACAUUGAUCGCACUGGAAAAGUUUUUUUGAAGCAUAAACACCUGUAAGCCGUAUGAGCACAAAGCUAUCAAGAUUCUCAACUGUGACACACAAAGGCCUAAAAGAGAACUGCCCUUACUACAUUACCGUAAGCUGCUCCCCAAGAUCCAUAUGUUUGCUGUUGUUUCAAUUUAACAACAAAUGUGAGAGCUUUUAUAUGUGAAUGCAGUUUAGUUACGUUUUUCAUUCAUGUACAUUUGCCUUCAUUGUACAGUACGUUCUGUUACAAAAGACCACUGUGGUGAAUCUGUUUAGGGCCUGUCAAGCAACUUGCAACAUGCGCUAAAUGUGGCUUCCUGUUCAGCAGCUGUGUCGCCCACUGGCUUUCCUAGUUUAGAACUCACUAAAGGUUUGUUGUGCCUCUCAACACAGAAAUGUAAUUUGGUGUUUGACACAGUGCAAUUUAUUGGCAUCACAGUGUUUCAUGUCGCAGAUAUGAAAUUACCAUUUUCAGAUGAGGACCAAAAUAUAAAACCCCAAACAGAUGGCACCCAUGGGUGAAACGUAAGAUUUUGGGCGUCUUUAGAAAUCACAAUGAGUAUCAAAAGUUCAUACAUCCCUGUGAAAUUUAAUGUAGUCAAAUAAAAUAAUCCAAAAUGACAAUGAUUUGAGUGAAUGGGAUGUGGGUAAAGUUUAAAAUAUUAAAUAUGAAUAUUAAAACAUAAUGCAAUCUUGGAAUAUAUUGAGCUAGUAAAGUGGGCUAUAUUGUUUAGACAGUUCAUGUAUGUUUUUAAACAUGAACAAAUAUUGUCAUACAACCUCUAAAGAUCAAUUAUUUUUUUCUUUUUAUGUAAACAGUCUUUUUCUAUUUAGUUGGAACUCAACUUCAUUUUCAUGACAGUAGACAGUAAUUUCAUAAUUUGCUAAUUAGUACAGCUAGACUAGUAGUAGAUUACGAUCAUGGAGAUUUUGUCAUUAAUUAAACAACAUAAUGUAAUAUUCUCAUUCUGAAAAUGUUUUCUGUUUCUGGAAGAAAUGUUGUGGUUACCAAAAAUGUAACGAAACUAAAUUAGUUUCAUUCCUGAGAAAUUGCCAUUUGCUUUAGUUCCGUGUAACAAUUUUUUCUGUGGCUUAACUGCUCAGUGACCUUUUAAAAUUUUGAAAAUGGUGAACAGUGAGAUGUGGUGAUGUGCUAAGCGUGGUGCCCUAUUUAAUCUGACCAUGCACGUCGCUUUAAGACUGACUUCAAAGCAGUACACUGCAGCAGAUACAGUUUCCUGUCCUGUGGUUUGGCUUCUACAGCUUUCUACCAGAAAAGUGAGAAAUGAAAGCGCCAAGAAAGUUAAAGAUGCUCAUAUCUGCACGUUUACCCGUGAUCUAUGCUAAAAGCAGAACAAGUUCAUUCUUAGUUGUUAUGGGUUUUUUUUACAGUCAUUAAAUAAUAUAUGAUGAAUGCUUUGAAUGACUGUGAUCAGUCAGAGUAAAUACAACUAACUAGCUAAUUCUGUUGGACAAAUUAAUGUUUUAUUAGUAUUUCCGCUAUAUUUUGUGGGGAUUGUCUGUAUUGUUGAGUGUCAUAUUUUUUUAUUACAUUUUUUUUCUUUAUGAUUUAUUAAACAUCAUAUAGCUCAA